UUUUUCCAUUUUUUUUCCAUUUUUUUUCCAUCUUUUUUUCUUUUUCUCAAGCUUCUGUCUGUUCUCUGUUUCUUCUCGCUGCCGGGUCUGUUUUGCAUUGAAUUAUAGGAAAAGAAAACAAAUAAACAAUGUCUUCUGUUGCCACUGAGACAGUAACUCUCAACCAAAGAUCUAGGAAGAAGCCCGCAGUCACCACCAACUUGACUGCUAUUGAUACCUUUGGAAACGUUUUCAAAGCUCCAGACUACACCAUAAGCUCUAUUUUAUCUGCUAUUCCCAAACACUGUUUUGAAAGAAAAUGGUACCUCGGGUUGUACUAUGUAUUUAGAGAUAUAUUCUGGUGUGUUGUCUUUGGCUAUUUAUCGAAAACAUAUAUUCCAUUAGUCUCUAACUACUAUGUUAGAGGGUUGUUAUGGGCUAUUUACACCAAUAUUAUUGGCUGUUUUUACGUUGGGUUGUGGAUUUUGGCACACGAAUGUGGCCAUCGAGCAUUUUCCGAUUAUGAAUGGCUAGAUUCAACUGUUGGAUGGAUUUUGCACAGUUAUCUUUAUGUUCCAUUUUUCAGCUGGAAAUUUUCGCACAGAAAACACCACAAGUACACUGGUAAUUUGCAUAAAGAUAUGGUUUUCGUUCCAAAAACCAAAGAAAAAUUUUUAGAAAAACACGAAGUAUCCCACUUGAAAGAAUUAACUGAAGAAACACCUAUUGUCACACUAUACAAUCUUGUUAUUCAACAGGUUAUUGGCUUUCAGUUAUAUUUGGUCUCUGAUGUGACUGGACAGCCCUAUCCAGGUGUCUCCAAAUGGAAAGUUAAUCAUUAUAAUCCAAAUUCGCCAGUGUUUGAUAAAAAGGACUACUGGUUUAUUGUUUUGUCAGAUAUCGGUAUAAUUUCUCAAAGUAUUAUUGUUUAUCUUUGGGGCAAGAACUAUGGCGUGUGGAGUGUUGUUAUUGACUGGUUUAUUCCAUACAUGUUGGUUCAUCAUUGGAUUGUGUUUUUGACAUAUUUACAGCAUACAGACCCAACUAUGCCACAUUAUGACAACGAUGAAUGGAAUUUUGCUAGAGGAGCAGCUGCCACAAUUGAUAGAGAAUUUGGGUUUAUUGGACAACAUAUUUUCCACGAUAUCAUCGAAACACAUGUUUUACAUCACUAUUGUUCAAGAAUACCAUUCUAUAAUGCUAGAGAAGCUACAGUUGAAAUCAAAAAGGUUAUGGGAGAACAUUACAGACAUUCAGAUGAAAACAUGUGGAUUAGUUUGUGGAAAACUUCUAGAUAUUGUCAGUUUGUUGAGAACGAUAAAGGUAUUAAUAUGUAUAGAAAUGUUAACGGCCUAGGUCCCAAACCGAUUGAUGAUUAGGACAUAUAUAGGUAUAGAUUAUAGAAGUAUAAUACAGAUAAAUAUAUAAAUAUAUAAAUAUAU